CCAGUUUAGUCUUCGGUUUGAUUUUGAUCGAAUUACUUGGAAAAAUGUCGAAAUUAAGUUUGAUUGCAUUAUCAGUAUUUGUCGUUGCACUAGUUGGAGCUCAACAAGCUAUCAAAGAAUACAAUUCCAACGAUGGAUCUGGAACAUUUGAGUUCUCAUAUGAAUUGGAUAAUGGACAAUUCUUCCAAGAAGCAGGAAAACUAGAUGAAUACGGUCACCAAGAAGUUAGCGGUCAAUAUUCAUUCCAAGGAACUGAUGGUCAAAUACAUUGGGUUACAUACACCGCUGAUGACCAGGGCUUUCAUCCAGUCAUCGGAUCCGGACCGGGAGGACCCGAACCAAUCGAUCCAAAUGCACUCAAAUCUUUAGUUGGUUAGAUGUGGACCCCGGAUAAAUUGGUGCUUUUUUGAAUGUGACAUUCAAGAUCACGUCUCAUCAGAAUUACAAUUAUCUAUUACAUUUUUUGUAAAAACUGUGAAUAACAAAUUAAAAAAAAAAAUGAAAAUCAAAUCUUCUUAUUUCUGAUCGAU